AUAUCAAUAAUCACAUGACGAUUUUUGUUAACAACUGCAUAAAAAAUAGCAUCAAAGUUAUUCAGUAUCACCAUGAUUACAAUAAUACAGAAAUUCAUAGCAGGGUAUAAAUACCUUAAUGAAGAUAUAGCGGAUCCACGUACAAAAGAUUAUUUUCUCAUUGAUACACCAUGGCCUGGCUUAACUUUGAUUGGAUUUUAUCUCUAUUUUAUAUUUAAUUUUGGACCGAGACUCAUGGAAAAAAGACAGCCUUUCACAUUAUACAGGAUAAUGCAAAUAUACAAUGUGAUACAAAUUUUAUUAAAUGGAUAUUUCUUUUACAAAGCAUCAUUUUGGUUUACAAAAUUUAAUUACUUUUGCGAACCUAUCGAUUAUUCGGAUACACCAAAGGCAAGACAGAUCACCAUAUUGGUUUGGGAUUAUUUCAUGCUAAAGCUACUAGAUUUAAUGGAUACUAUCUUUUUCGUACUUAGAAAAAGACAGAACCAAAUAACGUUUCUUCAUUUAUAUCAUCAUAUUGGCAUCCUAAUAGCUGCUUGGGGUGCCGUUAAAUGGUUGCCUGGUGGUCAUAUCGCGUUCUUGGGUUUUUUUAAUACAUUUGUUCACAUAAUAAUGUAUACGCACUAUCUGUUAGCGUCCAUGAAGAUAAACACAAGUUUAUGGAAAAAGCACAUCACUCAAUUGCAGCUGGUCCAAUUUUUCGUGAUCACUUUACACUAUUUACAAUUAACCUGGGUGGAAAAUUGCGGUUUUCCACUAUGGCCAAUAUAUGUGAUGGUACCGCAGAAUUUAUUUAUGAUUAUGUUAUUUGGAGAUUUUUAUUAUAAAACAUAUAUGAAGAAAAAACCGACAAUCGAAACAAAGAUGGAAAUAGACAGCAUCUCCACUGAAUUUUCGAAUGGAAAACUGAAAGAACAAUAAAUUCGA